CCUUAUUUAUUUCCGCGCGAAAGUUAUUUGUUCUUCCUCCGUCUACGUCGAUGCGUAGUUUUUGUCCGAACGUUCUUUUUUAUUUUAUUUAUUAAACAUGGCUCAGGCUCGAGUUACCGAUUUUUACUCCCAGCGAAAGAAAGGAGGGACCGGUUCGGUGAAGCAAGCGGACCGUAGCGGGUCGAAAUGCAGCACCAUCAACACAAGGUCGAGCUCCUCAUCCAAACAAGACGUAUUCUUCAUUUCAUCCUCCAGCCAUGUUCGCGAGGACGUCGUGCGAGGAAUCGAAUCUACAGAGUGUUUGUCGACAGGAGAGUCGACCGGUGACAAGACGGUCAAAGAAAUCCCCCUCGUUCCCCGAACACCGAAGCGGCCGUCGGCAAACACAGACUUUGAGACGGACAUCAUAUCCGCAGUCCAGGAACGCAGCACGACGAGAAAGAGGCGACAAGUAGACGUUCAUCAAGUCCAGGAAACUAAUGUUCAACAAAAAGCGACACGCACGACCACGAAGAAACUUACGCGUUCAAAGUCACAGGCUCUUUCCAGAGAUAAUAUUACGGCCCUGAAGUCGCGCCUCCAGACCAUCAAGAAGCAAGCAGAAUUAGCCAACGCUACAUCGUCGACCUCGGUUUCCGCGCCCUUGGUUUCAUCCUCCAUCGUUGUCUCCACGUCAGCGCUCACCAGAGCAAAGGAACUUGCGGCUAAAGCUAAGGCAAAGAAGGAUUGUGACUUGGAGGGAAAAAAGCUCCAGAAAGAGACACAAGAUCAAGAGAGCGUUCAACAGCCAGCAUAUCAGCAAUAUCACAACCUUGCCCAAGAUACUCCGCCAGGCCUCUCCCUGCCUUACCAGUUCAAGAUACUGGCCGAGAUGUUCAGGAGUAUGGACACGGUGGUUGCGAUGCUCUUCAACCGUUCCGAGACGGCGACCUUCUUGAAGAUUAAACAAGGAGUUCAGGAUAUGAUGCACAAGCGAUUUCAGGAGCACCACGUUGGCCAAAUGAUGGCCGUAUUUCCUGAGGCCUACACACUGAGACAGGAAAAGAACAUCCCCACAUUCAACAACUGUGUGAAGAAGGGCAGCUACCAGCUCACCGUGGAACCCGUCAUCAUACAUGGUCAACAGGAAGGUGGUAGGCCUGUCCUGACGGCCUCUAAUCUUUUGGCGAGAAGACGGACCUUCCAUCAGAAGCUUGUUUCCAUUGUCAAACACCACCACAAGGUCUUUCUGUCCUCCUUAGUCCCUCCAGUGUGCGUACCAGAAGACAAACUGACCCGCUGGCACCCCAACUUUAAUGUGGACACGGUGCCGGAUGUGCAGCCCAGCUUAUUGCCUCAACCGCCUUGCACUGAAAAACUUUCCACUGCCCAGGAAGUGUUAGAAAAAGCCCAUUCUCUCAUCACUCCUAAGAUGGCGAAGGCUUUGGUGUCUCUGGUUCAGAAGACACCAGAGUAUGGGAAUCCCGAAUGUACAGAAACCAAUCCACAAAAGCGGAACUCCACACUAACGUCUGCUCCACCUCCGACUCCAACUGCUCUGAAAGGGGUCUCCCAGUCCUUGUUGGACCGGAUUCGAGCGAAGGAAGCCCAGAAGCUCCAGGCGGCGAUGACACGCAACCCUUGUCAAGAAGAGCGCCUCUUGAUGAUGUCACAACUCGGGGAGCUAGCAAGGAUUCUUCGGAAUGUUUUUGUCGCGGAAAAAAAACCCGCUUUAACCAUGGAAGUUGUUUGUAAUCGGAUGGUCGCCAGCUUCAGAGCCGCUCUCACGUCAGGCGAAAUGGAGAAACGCAUGCGUUUGAUGGCGGAGCUGACCCCCGACUGGCUCACCAUCCAUCCAAUCAGGAAGGACUUUUACCUUAAAUUGAACAAGAACAUGGACCUCAGCGUGGUUCUGGACAAACUGAGAUGCAGACUUGGAGAAGAGGAGAGGCUCUCGGGCCAAUAAUUCAAGUGUGUGAGGCGGGUGUGUGUGUGGGGGGGGGGCUUUGCCUAUUCAUCAUGCCACGGCCUUAGAAGUGCAUCAUUGUCCCAUGUUGGAAGGAAGUAGCGUAAACAGGAAGUGGGUUGAAGACGUACAAUCGGCAUGUAAACCAUUUUAUUUUAAUAUCUUGUUGGGUGAGAAUUAUUAUGCAAUCUCGAAUGCACGUGGCCUCAUUCUUAAAAAUAAACGAUGUUCAUGCCCCCCGCCACUGUAUCAAGUCAAUCUGUAUUAACUAGGCUUGGCGAUCGAUUGCGAUUAAUCACAGAUAGAAACCAGUUUAA